GUUUUUCCUUUUGCAGCAUUGUGUUUGUGUAGCAGUAACGAGGGACCCUCCAAUCACUGAGAGAUUUCUCUCUAUUCUUUGAGCUUAGCGGAGUUUUCUGAGUUUCAUCUCAGCUCUCAGCUCUCAGGUAUUCUGCUCUCUCUGCGAGUGUUUUCUUUCUUCGUUAAAAGCUGCCACUUCACUCUCUCUUCUCUUCUUUUACCCUUCCUUUCUCAUUUCCCAACUCAUCAUCCUUCAUCAUCAAUCUAGGGUUCAAGUUUCUUCUUGUGCUUUUCCCACCACCCCUUUUUCAUUUGGGUACUUUGAUCUGUUUCAUGUGAUCCGUUUCUCUUUCCUCUUGGGUUUUCUCAUUUGCACUGUUUUGAACUGUUCUGAUAUGAAAAGUUGUGAUUUUUAGCUCCUUUUGUAUCAAAAUUUUAGUGGAUAUGGUGGUGGGAGAGUAGGGGCAUUUAAAAGUUUUUGUUUUUUUUAUUGUGGGGGUGGUUUUGGUUUUGAUGAUAUCUGGGGUUUGGUCUCUUUGCUAGAGCCAUGGGUUUGGGUGCUGAGAAUGGUAAGGUGGUAGAUUCUUGGGAUGUGUGUAAAUCAAAGCGGAAGAAGAAGAGUAAGAAAUUGAAGCAGAAGGAAGGGGAGGUAGUGGUGGAGGAGGAAGAUGAGGAGUUUGAGGGAGAGACUGGGUGUUGGGUUAGGCUAAGGUUCAUGGGGAGCUGCAUUUCUUCAAGACCCAAAGUUGAUAACUCAGUCAGUGGCACCACCACUCAUGAUGCUGAAAGUAAAUCAACUAGUGAUACAAGUAGAGACCAACGAAGUGAACCAACGGCCCCAGUAGUCUCAUCUACAACCACUAGCAAUGCAAGCAGUUCAUCAACUUCUAAACUCGAAGAGGAGCUUAAAGUUGCCUCCAGGCUACGAAAGUUCUCUUUCAAUGAUCUUAAGUUGGCAACGAGAAAUUUUCGGCCUGAGAGUCUUCUUGGCGAAGGUGGGUUUGGUUGCGUAUUCAAGGGAUGGGUUGAAGAAAAUGGAACUGCUCCAGUGAAACCUGGCACAGGGCUUACCGUUGCCGUAAAAACCCUCAACCAUGAUGGGCUCCAAGGCCAUAAAGAAUGGCUGGCUGAAGUAAACUUUCUUGGUGAUCUAGUCCAUCCACACCUUGUUAAGCUUAUAGGGUACUGCAUUGAAGAUGAUCAAAGGUUGCUAGUGUAUGAGUUCAUGCCUCGGGGAAGCCUAGAAAAUCACUUAUUUAGGAGAUCCAUGCCUCUUCCAUGGUCCGUUAGGUUGAAAAUUGCACUAGGAGCAGCUAAGGGUCUUGCUUUUCUUCACGAAGAAGCUGAACGACCAGUAAUAUAUAGAGAUUUUAAAACUUCAAAUAUAUUAUUAGAUGCAGAAUACAACGCCAAGCUCUCAGACUUUGGACUCGCCAAAGAUGGUCCAGAAGGAGAUAAAACCCAUGUGUCUACCCGAGUGAUGGGAACCUAUGGUUAUGCAGCACCGGAGUAUGUCAUGACAGGUCAUCUUACAUCAAGAAGUGACGUGUAUAGUUUUGGAGUGGUACUACUUGAGAUGUUGACCGGAAGAAGAUCUAUGGACAAACACCGUCCCAAUGGCGAACAUAACCUUGUGGAAUGGGCUCGGCCGCAUCUGGGAGAGAAGAGAAGGUUCUAUAGGCUGUUGGACCCUCGCCUUGAAGGCCAUUUCUCCAUAAAAGGAGCUCAAAAAGCUGCCCAAAUUGCCGCUCGCUGUCUUAGUAGAGAUCCAAAAGCCAGACCCCUAAUGAGUGAAGUUGUAGAAGAUCUAAAGCCUCUGCUAAGUCUUAGGGACAUGGCAAGCUCUUCAUAUUACUUCCAAUCGAUGCAAGCUGACCGCUUUAGCCCUAGUCCAAAUACCCGAAAUGGGCGGACACAAGGAGUGUUCCUCGCCCGGAAUGCGCAGAGGAGUCUUUCAAUACCCCAUGGUAUCCAUGCCUCUCCAUAUCACCAUCAGUUUCUGCAACAAUCACCAAAACCUAAUGGCAAAGCAUAGAGCUGGCGAGAAUUCUUUCCUUCUUUUCACCUUUUCUUCUUUUUCGAGACUUCUUAUUUUCCUCCAGUAUAGAAUGUGCCCUUGUGUCAAAAAACCAUUUUUCAUGGACAACUUGAGAUCAGACAAAGAAACAUGCUGCUUUAUGAUGUAUGUUAUGAGUAUCUAGUAGAAGCUAUUGAAAUAGCUUUGUCUUGUGUCAAAAAUUGUUAACCAGUAUGUUUCUUCAGGUUGUCGUCAUCAUCAUCAUCAUCUAUUUUUCUUCUUUUUCUUUUUUCAAUGUUUUCUCUCGCUUUCUCAUGAAACGUUCUCUCCUUUAAGGCUUUGCAUGUGUGGCAUAUAACAAUGUGGCUUUCGUAAAUUAAUAUAGGCAUAUGUUAACAGAAAGAUAAAGAAGCAGCUUUGUUGCAUCAAUCUGAUGUCAGCUAUUUGUUCCUAUUUGAUCCAUGAAACGGGUCUUCAUGUGCAGCAAAGGCUCAUUCAUUACUUUAUGGCAUCUUCUAUUAGUAAAAUAGUACAAACUUAUUAGUCUGAUCAUCGUUGAUGGCUUUAGUUCUUAUCGUUCUUGUAACAAUCAUAGAUUAUGCAAAGGAUGAGAUUUAAGCAAUGGAUAUUACUAUUAUUCUUUAAAUUUCCCUUAAUAUAUAUUCAAACAGUCGUUGCUGCUCCUAAA